AUGAAAAGAAAGUUACCUGCCACUAACCUGACACCAAAGUAUCCACACUACCUCUGCAACUCCACCUGCCUGACAUCAGUUCUGGUCUCAGUGCUGAUCUGCACCACAAACCAAGCUCGUCUGACUGUGAGUCCCAGCAGCUCUCAGUUCUUUGAAGGAGAUUUUGUGUCUCUGAGCUGUGAGGAGGACGACAGCUCUGCUGGAUGGACUCUGAGGAGAAACACAAGCAAAGUACAGAGGGCUCAGUGUGGAGAUGGGUUUGGAAAACCUGCUCGUUCUUCAUGUACCAUCAGCUACGUCUUUCCAUUGGACAGUGGAGUUUACUGGUGUGAGUCCAGAGAGGGUGCCAUCAGUAACAUGGUUAACCUCACAGUCUCUGGUGGAUCAGUGAUCCUGCAGAGUCCUGUCCUCCCUGUGAUGGAGGGAGAUGACGUCACUCUGCUCUGUCAAACAAAGACCACUCCCUCCAACCUCCCAGCUGCUUUCUAUAAAGAUGGCUCCCUCAUCAGGAAGCAGACUACAGGUCACAUGACCAUCCAGCAUGUUUCCAGGUCUGAUGAAGGCCUCUACAAGUGUGACAUCAGCGGUCAUGGAGAGUCUCCAUCCAGCUGGAUCACUGUCACAGGUAAACCUACAACCACAGCUCCACCCACCACCACAGCUCUACCCCCUGACUCCUCCUCCUUCUUCAAGCUUGCAUUCAGACUUGUCCUCCACCUGGUGGUGUUCUCUCCUUACUUCAUCUCCACUCUCCUCAUGGUGUCUUUAUAUAGAAGCAGAGCCACAGGUAACACUCUGAGUCAUCCACUGAUGAUGAACUCCUCUCUCUGUCUUCAUGUCAAACAGCCACAGCUCACACAUUUCAUGCAUUUUCUUGGCAGACACCCCUCCCACUCAGACUGA